GGUUGCUGUUAAAGAGAAACAGUUUAUUUUCAAAAGAACAGAGGCGUAGUUGUGAGUCAUGCUGCUGAGCCUCCUGCCCUCUGCUGUAGAUGGAGAAGCGCCCAGGGAGGAGCAUGGUCCCGGAUAACAGCAUCAGUGGGAGACUAGAUCACUAAUAACCUGCUGCUCGCGAGGACGAUGGACAAAGCUGACUUGAUCUCUGCUAGCUUUUGCCCCUUGGAAUGCGAAGAGUGGGCGGGCCCCCAGAGGAUGGGGGGAGGGGGAGCCCUCGUGCCCUUCUCAGCAGUUGCUCUCUCGGAUGCGGCGGGUAGGGAACCAUUUCUCCACCGGGCAGCAAGAACCGGGGGAGAACCGGGUAGCGUCCCGAUGUCCCAGCGUGGCUUUGGCUGAACAAAAUCAAGGGGUCACACUACCCGUGCGGCUGCUCAAAGAUGAUAUGCCUGUGGUGCAGGGCAACGGCCAUGCCAAUACAAGUUUCCAGAUGAAGAUGGAUGCCCACGGUUUUGCUCCCGAAGACCUGAUGGUGCGGGUGGACGGCCAGAACCUGACGGUGACCGGUCAGCGGCAACAUGAGUCAAAUGACCCAGUCAGGGGUGGUUACCGCAUAAAGCAGACAGUGCACCGGCAAAUGCAACUCCCAAGGAACAUAGAUCCUGCGGCCAUGACCUGCAGCCUGACACCCUCUGGCCAUCUGUGGGUCCUGGGACAAAACAGGUCGCUACCUCCGCCUGAUGCCCCAACAAGCCAGGCCCCAAGACACAGGAGCCACGGACCUAAGAACUCCAACCGAUCCUGACCCAUUAAACCGAGA